AUGUCCAUAAUUGUGCGGUAUGUUAAUGAUACCACCAUUGACGAAUCUUUUUUAGGUUUUUUAAUUGUUGAUGAUACCACUGGUAAAGGACUUUUUGAUGUUACUGUUAAGGAAUUAAAGUCUCUUGGUCUUGAUAUCAAUGAUAUGCGAGGUCAAGGCUAUGAUAAUGGAGCAAACAUGAAAGGGAAACAUAAUGGAGUUCAAAAGAGAUUCUUAAUUGAAAAAUCUAGAGCUUUAUAUGUUGCUUGUGGUUGUCAUAGUCUUAAUCUUGCAUUAUGUGACAUGGCUAACACAUGCACUAAGUGGCAAAUUUUGAAAGACAAUGUUAAAGGAUUGACUCUUAAGUCUUUGUCUGCCACUCGUUGGGAAAGUUGUGUAGAUAGUGUUAAGCCUAUUCGAACACAACUUGUAGAUGUAAGAAAAGCUUUGCUUACAGUUAGGUUUACUGAUAAUGAUGCUAAAAUUCAAAGCGAAGCUAAAUCACUAGCAGAAAAAGAACUUGGUGAAUUUGAUUUUUUGGUAGCAACCGUCAUUUGGUAUGAAAUAUUAACAACGGUGAACGUGGUGAGCAAAAAGUUACAAUCGAAGGAUAUGGUUCUUGAUGUUGCCAUUGAUGAAGUGGGCAAGUUGAUUAAACAUUUCAAGAAUUAUAGAGAAGUAGGGUUCGAUAAGGCGAUUAAUGAAGCUAAAGAAAUUGCAAAUAAAAUGGGUGUUGAUACGGUAUUCCCUCAAAAACGUCUAAUAUUUAGGAAACAACAAUUUGAUGAGACUUCAACUGUACAAGAAGUUUUAUUUUCACCCAAGGAGGAUUUUAGAGUCAAUUACUUUUUAUGUAGUGUGGACCAAGCGAUUGCUUCUCUUGAAACAAGACUCGAACAAUACCAACAAUAUAAAAAAAUAUUUGGCUUUUUGUUUCCUAAAAACUUGAGGGAACUUACUGAAAAAGAUCUCAAGUCUUGUUGUUAUGGUCUUCAAGUUGCAUUAAAGUUUAAAGACGAAUCCGAUGUUGAUGCUGAUGAACUUUAUGAGGAGUUGAAAUUAGUGUUGUUGACUAUUUCGGUAACAGUUGAAUCAGCGGAAAGAAGCUUCUCAAAGUUGAAGUUUUUGAAGACUUACUUACGAUCGAGUAUGUCCCAAGAAAGACUCAAUGGCUUAGCAAUGAUAUCUAUUGAAAACGACAUAUUAGAGAUUAUGGAUUACGAAGACUUGAUCGAAAGCUUUGCUUCUAGAAACGCUAGGAGAGCCGCACGAUUCGCUUAA